GUGCUCCUCCAGUGUGGCUCCAGCGGCUUCAGCUGCUUGACAGAGCUCCAGAAAUAAAGCUUAAACCGAGGAAGCUUGUCUUUUUUAUACUCUGGAUAACUUGACUGGACUGUUUAAGAUAUUUCUGAUGCUGUCGCCGAGGUUCCUUUCCGGGAACAGUCUGUAAUCUAGACGUUUGUCGGUUAGAUUCUCCAGCCUGGUGAGCUAGUGUCGGCAUUUUUCUAACAAGCGUCACUUCCGGCUUUUGAAACUCGCGGCCAGAAGGUAACGAAGAGCCGACAUGGAGCUGCAAGUGGGCUCUGAACCGAUGACCCUGGGCUCGCCCACGUCCCCGAAGCCCGCCUCCGGAGCUCAGUUCCUCCCCGGCUUCCUGAUGGGCGACCCCCCGGCCCCGGCCAGCCCGCAGCCCCGCCCCUUCAGCCUGUCCUCGCCCGUGGUGGACAGCACGACGCCGCACAGAGGAGUCGUAGGAGGAUCGGCUCUGCAGCCCGUCGUCCCCACGCCCAAAGACAAGAGCGGAGCCCCGCCUGUCCGCAGUAUCCAUGACGACCUGGUGACUGUAGCCACGCCCCUUAACACACACAGACAGUCUUUUCCAGUCAUGCAGUCUCCGCUGUCGGCUCGUCAGGCUUCAACACCUGGAACAGGAGUGUGUGUGGGCAUGCAGCAGGUGUGUAUGUCUCCGGCUCAGGUGGAUCCGUUCUACAGUCAGGGAGAAGCUCUGUCCUCAGACGACCAGCUGGACCAGACCUGGGUCACCGUGUUCGGUUUCCCCCCUGCCUCGGCUUCCUUCAUCCUGCUGCAGUUCGCUCAGUACGGAAACAUCCUCAAACACAAGAUGGCCUCUCCAGGGAACUGGAUGCACCUCCAGUACCAGUCCCGGCUCCAGGCCCGGAAGGCUCUGUCCAAAGACGGGAAGGUGUUCGGAGACUCCAUCAUGGUGGGAGUCAAGCCCUGCAUCGACAAGAGCGUGAUGGACUGCAGCGACGCCGUGUCGUCCCCCGUCUCCGCCUCCACCCCCUCCAUGCUGCCCUCCACGCCCCGCUCCGCCAUCCGGCCGCUCAGCGCCUCCUACCGGAGCUCAGCCAGCGACUACCAGGUGGUGGCAGACAGACACACACCCCGGAAAGACGACAGCUUCGUCUCCAAGGCCAUGGAGUACAUGUUCGGCUGGUGACGCCGCCGUGGAAACAGGAAGUGAUCACUACACCGAGUGAGAGAGUGUGUGUGUGCGCGUGUGUGUGGAUAACCUUUCCCUCUCUUUUCAAUCUGUAUUUUUAUGAUAUGUGUCCCAAUAAACUUGGUAUUUUAAUUAACGGGCCUUUCAUUCAGACGUGCAGUUCUGUCAGCGGACACAAGGGGGCGACAUCACGCUUCACACGGACUCACUUCCUCACUGAGGGAAAGGAAACGGAUAAAAACAUGAUGGAAAUUAGUGCUACACACUCCAGGCUGUAAAAACUGAACGGGAGCUG